GCAACAGGAGACAGAAGAGAGAGGCAGCUGUCAAAAGAGAAAGAAUUAAAGAAGGGAAAAAAAAAAAAACCAGGAGCCGCCUCUGCAGUUUAAUGAUCAAACGGCUGUCUGGGAAAGAAAGGAAAUAACAGGAAGCAGCUAAAUCACUGAAGCUCCCCCUGCAGCCUAUGCAGUGUCAAAAGCCCAGUCUGUCUGGAAGGGAGAACAGGGGGGGAAUCCAGGAGGGUUUUUACAUAUCUCCUCCCCUUCUGUGUGUGUCUGAGUCUGACAGUCACAGGGAGGGUGUGAGAGCUCGGAACCUUCUUACAAACCAUUACUCAUUAGUAGAAGGGGGAGGGAGAGAAAGCGUUACACUACAUCUCCCUCUGACUUGGCUCUCUUAUUGUGGGACUCGCUAGAAACGGGGCACACACAGGGAUCCGCUCAUCCAAGACACCCCACGGGGAACUUUAGCUAGAAAGUGAACAAAGAAACUCCAAUUUAGGUUUUUUUUUAAUCCAGGACAUCCCAGGAAAGAGUGCUCGGUGUGAUAACAUGGCUAAACGGGGACCUGCACAAAGCGCUAUGGGCAGUAAAACUAACAGCGAGAUGGAUAAAGUUCCACAUUCUGGCACUGACACUGAUGAGGAGGAUGAUGAUAGCGUUGAUGUCCCACUGGAUCUGUCUGCCACAUCUGGGAAAAGAAAAAGACGUGGAAAUCUUCCCAAGGAAUCUGUGCAAAUUCUAAGGGACUGGCUUUUCGAACACCGCUACAAUGCUUAUCCCUCCGAACAAGAAAAGGCAGUUUUAUCCCAUCAAACACAACUCUCAACAUUACAGGUUUGCAAUUGGUUUAUUAAUGCUCGCCGCAGACUUUUGCCAGAUAUGCUACGGAAGGAUGGGAAGGACCCCAAUCAGUUUACAAUUACUCGGAAAGGAGGCAAAAUAACAGAGGCAAUGCAGGUGGAUUCCACUGCUGGUGCAAAACCCUAUAUUCCCACUAUUGACGAAAACUCAUUUCAAUUCAACGUGCCAGGGUCUAGCCAGAGCUCGGGGAAGUUCCUUGCUUCCAAACUGUCUCCUCCACAAUCCCUUCUAGCUCGGCCAUCGGUCAUAUGUCAUACCACUGUAUCUUCUCUAAAUGAUGCCCCUUUCAACUUCACUCAUGUGUUCAACGCCGGACAGAUCCCAAACCAGAAGCAGACAGAGGCAAAUACUAGUAAUACUUUAACAGAGGCCAUGCUUGUAUGCCAUGAUGAUACAAAUAAACUUGGACAAAACACAAGCCCACAGAGUGGACUUUUCAACACUCCACCUCCUACCCCUCCAGAUUACAACCAAGAUUUCAGUGGCUUUCAGUUAUUGGUGGAUGUUGCUCUCAAACGAGCUGCAGAAAUGGAGCUAAUGGCCAAGGAGGUGGUCUAACCACUUUACCCAAGACAUUUGAAAAAAUUCUGAACAUUUCUUUUUGAACUGCCUGGGUUGAUCUCAAAGACAUAUCUACAUUAUUUCAAUAUAUAUAUAUAUAUAUAUUUUUUUCUAUUCGUGUUAUUUGCACACGGGAUCGUCAAGGUGAAGCUUUCUUUUAACGAAAAGGUCUUACCCCUUUCAACUUAAGACAUUUUCUUUACCCUCUGAAUGGUUGAGAUGGGGGAGGGUUUUUUGGCCUCAUGACUAUUAACUGUGAUUACAGAUUUUGACUUCUGCGAGUUUCUCAGUUGCCAUCUGUGGACAUUGAAUGCAAAACGCUGCCAUUGGCUCAAUCAAACUCUUGCAGUGACUUAUACAAACUCAGGGGUGAAGGUGAAUUGGAUACAAUAAAUUGAGAUACUGUAUUUCAUUCCAAGUUUUCUAAAGUUAUUGCUACUGUAGAAACAAUGUUUGUUUCUUAGUAGAUUUUUUUUUUCUUUUUUAUAAAUGUGAGAAUCAUCUUCCCAAGAUUGUGAUUUUUUUUAUUUUUUUUUAUUUUGUGUUCUAGAUUUCAUUUUAUUUAAUUUUUUUGGUACCUUUUCAGACUGUGCAAUAUAUUGUGAGAAAAUAGACCAUUUUUAUCAUUCCAGAGCAGCAGAAAAUGCUUAUACGGUCUACUACACAUUUAUCCCCUACAAUGUAAGAGAGAGUAUUUUUUUUUUUUUUUUUCUGUUUGUUUUAAGGUAAUGUAAAAGUAUUUUUGUUUGUUACUGGGAAUGCCAUUAGAAAUACUGUGUAACUGGAUAUUGUUCCCACCUGAAAUAUUAACUGCUAUGUACAAAUUUCAUGGACAUGUAUUUUUUUUGUAUGUCUUUGUAAUAUAGAAAUAACAAAAGAAAGCAAAGUGUGUGUGUGUUUGUUUUUACACUUUUUGCUGCACAGCAGUUAAUUUAAUAAAACGUAUGACACAUUUAGAUCAAAAUAGCAGAUACUGUGAACAUACGAUAGCUCUAUUUCGACC